AUGUCUGCAUCCGCCUGCUAUCUCUCUGAUCCUCACUACGGGUACGACUUCGUCGUGGCUGUCACCCAGGAAAGCAUAAAUGCUACGCUUAAGGCGUACUUGGCGAGUCUGCAGGAGCCUAUGGUCAACGUUUGCUUUGUUGCUGCUGUCGAUGGCACUCCAACGCCAAUGGAUUACGAGAGUUUCUUGACCCUCUCAGGGGGCACGGAUCCUUUCACCAUGCCGGACGGUGCGAACCCAGAGGGUUCUGAUGUUCAAAACCUCAUGAAAGCACGCUUCAUGGCUGGGUUCAAGGCCCAGCUGGGCAUACCAUCAGUGCAAAACCCGGCAGAUCUCCCGGAUAUCGUCACACUCAGUUCCAGCAUAAGCACUGUCCAGUACAACAUGGUCUGCUCCGAGUUUACUAUUGUCCAGGUGAACGCGAGUGUCUAUGCGCCACCUUCAUUCACAAGCAUUUCAAUGCCCAGUGACAAUCCAUGGUACAUGCAGUCGACGGUCAAUCUCGACCUUUCUACCGUUGAAAACGCCAACUACAAUGGACUGCCGCCAGCUAUACAAGCGCAGAUCAAGAACAUGUCCGGCUCGGCGUUCAGCGUCCAACAACUGCUCUUUGACUUCAAUAGCGCGAAACUUUCGUCACUUCCCAAAGUGGAGGGUGUGAAACCAGGGACUCCAACUUACACGCUGCUCGAGACAUGGUUUACCGGGGCCUACUUCACCGAGAUGAAGACCGAUAGACAACCACUGCUAGGCUGCUCAAUUGUACCGCAGACGGCACCUGCAGCUACCAUGACAAUCACCGAUAUGAAUCUGAUGGUUAACCAAUACGUCGGCUCUGAUGGAAAACCUCAGCCGAGUCCUUCUUAUCUUCAACAGAGUCUCAGCACCUUAAACUACCUGUGUGCUGCAGACGGUAAAACACUCGCACCGCCGGCUCCCUUUAGUUGGAACUGGCUCGAGCAAGCCGACAUCAGCGACCACGACGGGGUACUCGCCAUCAACCGCAACUGCUUCCGAGACUACUUCAACGACAACAUCGCAAAUUACAUCCCCACCGUCUGCUUCCAGGUCGAUGCUCACUGUAACGCAGACGGGCUGAGUUCCGACAUGAGCGUCGACUUGACUCCCGGUGGGCAGGCUAGUCUGAGCGAAAACACGGGUGAGACGGUAUUGAGCUACAGCUACAACACAAGCAGCUACGACGAGGCUGGUCUAAACGGAGACCUCGGCUCACUCUCCGUCGGUACUACCUACAACAUGAAUACCCAGUUCACCACCGUCAACGGCAAUGCAACUGUUGUCAUUACCCAGAAUCUUGUAAUCAGCUGCAACAUGAAGAGGAACUUCACCCGGACAUCAGGCAACAUUGUCGACACGACCAUUGUCGACACUUAUACACUCGCUGUUGACGAGAGUGGCAAAUUGGACGCAACGCUGAUUACUAACACGACGGACAACUCAGUCACGCCUUCGACGGAUGGUUUCGAAGACUUCUUCACUCACUCCAACGAGGUGGCUGCAACUAUCAAACAGCAAGCCGACGCCCUUGUUUCAAGCAACCUCCAGGACAUUCCCCUCUCGGUUCUACAGAACUAUAUCUUCCCAGGCGGUCAAACCUUUGCCUUCAAAGAUGUUCGAUUCUCAAACAAUCAGGACCUGCUUGCUUCUAUUUCCUAUGUUGAUCCUACGGCCCCUCCCACAACUGUGCCUUCAUAG